AUGUUCACAGGUUCAGGACAGAUGAGCUUGAGGCAGUUCCUUAUCCUGACUGAAGUUGCCCAUGAUGCAGUUGCAGAGCUCAGUGAACUGGAAAAUGUUCAAUUGAAGGAUUUGAACCCUGCUGUCAAUCCCUUUCAAUUCACAGCUGGACUGAGUGCUGCACAUAAUAUUGAUGAGCUUAAUGUCACACUUGCUAAGCAUGAGAUGUGGCUCAUGCAGAUGAACAAUAGCUACAAGACAUUGAGUGAGUGCAUGAGGGAGCUGGUGGAGGCCCAGCAUGUUCUCCAAGAGACUGAUGUGUUCUCUGAGAAGGGUUCAGGUGUCAACAAACUUCAUGAUGCUCUCAGUGUCAAGGUUGACUUCUCAGACAAAGCUGAUGAGAAGGAAAAGGAGGCAGGCAAGAAGAAGGUGGCUGUCCAUCAGAAAUCCAAGGUCAAGAUUACAGGUCGCAAGGAGAAUGUAGAGGAAGCCAAAAAACAAAUUUUAUUGCAAGUUGAGAAGAUCAUAAGUCAUGGCAUGAUUCAACAUGCCCAUUACACUGACUCUCAAAUGUCUGUCAUCAGUAAACUUAAAAUGUUGUGGAAUAAGCUGCUUCAUCAUGGAGAUGAACCAUUUGAUCUAUCCUUCCCACCCAUGCAUGGUGCCUGCCCUUCCCUCACACUGAAGGUUGCCAUCAUACAUGCUUGUGACAAUCAGGAUGGUGCACUGUCUGGUGUAUUCGAGCCUAAGCCUGAAUUUUUGGGUGAGGUUCGGGUCCCAGAUGAGGACAUUGGAGAGGUUGACCUCAAAUUUGAUUUGAAGUCUGACAAGCACACCACUCACUUUGGUCUUUGUGGACAUGCAACCACUGUGUUUCCAGUGAAAAGCAAGACACUGUUGGCUCUGGUACCAAAUCUCCCUCAUCAUAACCCUCAUAACCCUACCAACGAGCUGGUUGUGAAGCUCUAUUGGCCAGAAGAGGAGCACAAGAGUGAGGCUGAAAUACUCCAGAAGGUGUAUGAAAUUGCAAAGAAAGAUGAGGAGGGCAAGGUGAAGCACCAUGUCCCAGAGAUGGUCUGGUCCCACAAGUUUGAGGAUACAUCCACGGCAAACAUCAGGAGGGCAUUGGGACUUAAGGACGCUGAACAUGGCAGGCAUGUCCUAUAUAUUAUCAUAUUCAGAAAGCUCAACCAGAUUAUGGACCUGAGUGACAAGGAGUUCCUCACUGCAUGGUGGCACAUCAUUGUCUAUCACUAUGCCCUCUGGGGGGAAAAGGUCCAUCACCACAAUGUCAACCCUAGCAACCUCAUGGUCUACAAGAUGUUAGAUGGUUGA